AUGGACCAGCGUUUUCCACAGAUACCUAGAAAGCCCGUCUCUAAAGCGAAAGGCGUCUUGUCCAGCACCGAAAAGCAGCGACUGAAUCCCGAAGUGGACAUACACCACCAACCGGUCUCCAGUUUUAAAAGAAGCCCACUACAAAAGAUAAGCUCUCAGCCAUCACUGGGGCCGUCAGGCAUUGCAACAAUGCAGCUACGCAAACGCACACGCCAGUUAAUACUAGGAGUAGGAACACUGAAAGAUAUGGGCAAACACAAUCAUCACAUGGUGAAAACCAGAAAGGGGAGGGAAGAAAACGUGCUUGCUCACCUGCGAAGCGAGGCACGGACGGCGGCGGGCGCCCGCGGAGCAGCAAGGAGCAAAGCGGAGGGAAAAAGAGGAGUUGUGGGGGGGGGAACCACCAAACUUUGUUUCUUUCUCUCCGGGACUCAGGGAAAGCGUCACUUCCUAGUGCGUUCCUGGCUUCUAAGCAGAACUUUUUACCAGGGAAGCUCAAGAUGUGUGGAAACAGGAGUCCAGAGAAGUGACUUAACACAUGACUACAGAACGUAUCUGAUGCAUAACCAGGUUUCUCUGAUGAGUCCCGGGACUGAGCUCCACAGUGCCUGCAUCCCUGCUUGCAUGCCUCUGCCCAAGUGCUGCUACGGAGAUCCCCUGGGUCACGAGUCUUCUCUAGCUCCUUGAAGUCACAGUGGAUUGAGAAAGCAAAGGAAAUGAGC